AUGUUGAAUAUAUCAUUGGCCCCUGGUGUAUACCUUGCAUAUUCAUACUAUGGACCCAAUUCAGGACCCUACGGCAAUGCCCAACUCAAUCUAGAGUGUCUAAACGUCACGAUCGGACCAUCGCCAGCCAAUCAAGAAGGUGUGAUCAUCAACCUGAGUCAGAGAUUGGUCAACACCACCAACGAGUUCAUCUUCAUGGAGUCCAGCGGCAACUCGAACCUGACCUGCACGACCAAUAUAACAAUCAAUAACCUGUCACUGAUUGACGCGACAUUCUAUUCAUACAUCAAUCAGGUCACCGCCGUAUUCAACAACAUCUACUUCUCAACUGUUGGUGGAGUUGUCCUCACGCCAAUCGAUGUGUCGGCCAAGCCCCUGGCCAUGCCCGACGCACCCCGCUCCUCUAUGACCCUGAACGGAGGCAGGAUAUCCAAUUGGCCCAUUGGUGAUGAUGGCAUUGCCAUUGUAGCCAGCAAUCAGUGUGACCUAAUCAUCAACGGAAUGGCCUUGAACAACAACACUGGAUCAAACAUGUUCAACGUGAUGAACGCGAGCUUUGUCAUGGUCGAGUCCGUAGUCACCGCCAACCGCUUCCGAAAUGAUAUGUUCUCGCUGAGUGGUACCGAGCCAUCAUCGAUGAUUGUCAACUGCACGAUCACAUACAACAACGCCACUGCUCCAGGCGCCAUUGUCAGUCUCUACGAUGGUGAUGUAAGCAUUCAGAACACAUGGUUCCAAUCCAACAAGGUGGUCUACAGUGUGUUGCGUACACUUGGAACGAUGGACGUGUCGGGCGUGACAUUCACCAACAACCGAGUGAUCAAUGGAUCGAUCCUACAAGCCAGUAACGCUGUCUUUGACAUGACCAACAGCACACUGUACGACAACAUUCUACAGAACUCCAAUGUGAUGAACUUCUACGCGUCCCAGGUGACUAUGUCCGAGAUCAUCUUUGGCCCAGAGAUCUACGAGAACUCUGUGAGUGCACCAGCGACGCCACUCAUAAUCUGCACAGAUGGAGACAUAACAUUGGUCAACAUCACGAGGAAGGAUGAUAGCACACUUAGACUGAUCGACUGUGGACUCGACAAUGCUUGCAAUGUUCAUGGAGACGAGUCAUUGGUGUGUCCCACCGAAAGGCCGUCCCCAAAGGUUGGCCAAGUCGGUGGUAUCGGUGGCAGUGGUGUCAGUGUCGGUAGUGGUGCAAUCGCAGGUAUGAUGAUUGGAUCGAUCAUUGGUGUGGCAUGCAUCACUUGUUUGGGCAUCUUGGUCCGAAACAGGAUAAAGAGAAAGACACAAUAG